AUGUCAGAAGAACAAUUCACAGCAGCAUCGUCCGAUUCGAAAAAGAAUAAUGUUGUAGUUAAAGUUGGUAUGGUUGGAGACUCACAGAUCGGUAAGACAUCGCUCAUGGUCAAAUACGUAGAGGGUACAUUCGAUGAAGAUUAUAUUCAGACACUGGGUGUCAAUUUCAUGGAGAAGACAAUCUCGAUUAGAGGCACCGAGAUCACAUUCAGUAUUUGGGAUCUCGGAGGUCAGCGUGAGUUCGUCAAUAUGUUGCCACUGGUGUGUAACGACGCCGUUGCCAUCCUCUUUAUGUUUGAUCUCUCGAGAAAGUCAACACUGAACAGCGUCAAAGAGUGGUACAGACAGGCUCGUGGUUUCAACAAGACCGCCAUUCCAUUCUUGAUCGGUACUAAAUACGAUGUUUUCGCAACACUGCCCGCUGAAGAUCAAGAAGAAAUAACUAAACAAGCACGUAAAUUUGCAAGUGCAAUGAAAUCACCAUUGAUUUUCUGUUCAACAUCACACUCGAUCAACGUUCAAAAGAUUUUCAAGAUUGUUAUUAGUAAAGCAUUCGAUUUGAAUUGUACUAUUCCAAAGAUUACCAAUGUUGGUGAGCCAUUACUAGAAUAUUAA